AUGCUCCAAUCCAUCCUAACCUACCUCCUCAAGUGGAUCUCCACCGAUCCCCAGACCGUCGCAUCCCACCCCAGCAUGGUCGGCCUCACCCUCGCCCAAGCGCUGCAAAAACAGCAGAUCCCCUUCGAGAUCUACGAGCGGGACUCCGCCGCGGACGACCCGGACUAA